GUUGAUUUUAUUUCUAAUUAGUGUUGCUGUAUUGAAAAAAUAUAUCUGAAACUAGGGUAAUAGUUUGAGACAUGGGUUCAACUAGUUAUAAAAACGGUGGCUACAAGGUGAAGAGUGGAUCCAGUGUCGGCAGUGACAAGGAGAUGAACGGAAAGCUUCGAAGGAGUAAAAUUAGGAGGCCGAGCAAGAUGGAGUUCGGUACGAAGCGGAUUCCGGACUACACCGAGAUGGCCUACAAGGAGGCCGUGGGGAAACUGCGAUAUUUCCUAUCUGGGAAUUAUUCGCCCAGUGUCCGCUCCUACGUGGGCUCCGCCUCCAUAAAGAACCUCGACGAGCCCGACCUGGACAAGAAGUACCCUGGCUACCUCCCCGACUACCGGCCGCGGCCCAAGCUGACUACGAAGUACACCACUCUGUAUGCGGACAGCCUUAGCAACUAUAACCCGGCUAAUGUGGGUAGUGCGCCCCCUGCGCCCCCCGCGCCCGCCCCCGCGCUCGCCUCCACCAGCCCCGAGGUGGUGCACUUCAUACAGAAGCAAGAGGAGUAUAUCGAGCAACUGGAGCGCGAGAGCCAGUAUUGUCGGGACGAGCUAAACACCCUCCUCGGUAAAGUCAAAGAGGUCAUCUCCGAGAACUCCCAACUCCACUCGGCGAAACACGGCGAGCUGCUGUCCCGCGUGCUGCAGGGCGCCGGCUCCGAGACCGACGAGCUGCGCGACGAGGGCAGCACCGGCGCAGACAGCGACCAUCAGCACUCCCCAUCCAAGCCCCGCCGCCGCGCGCGCUCCCGCACUCCCAAGAUGGAGGGCUCCAGCAUCAUGUUCGAGUCGCGCAUCGCCGAGCUGGAGGCGCAGCUCACGCAGGCCAGGAUCGACUUGAAGAAGAGCCAGGAAGAGAAUAACGACAACAAGCGCAAGCUGGCCUCGGGGAUUGUUGACUCAACUUGCCUCGACGGCUUCAAGCGACAGAUUGACAACUUGCAAAGGGACAAAAACUCUCUCGAGUCGCAGAUAGCCAAGAUGAAGCUGAGUCUGGAGCGGCGCGAGGACCCGGACUGCUACAAGCGAGGCUCUGACGCCGUCGAGCAGCAACUGAGGGAAGAGAGGAGCAACUUGGAGGCCGAAGUGCGCAGGCUUAAGGAGGACCUAGCCAAAGAGCGCGUGCGGGUCCGCGAGCUGUGCAGCGAGAGCGCGCGGCGCGCCGUGCACGAGCGCAGCGCGGCGGAGCAGCGGUACACGGCGCACUUCGACGACCUGUCGCACGAUCUUGCCGCGCAGUAUGAUAAUGUUGCUAAACUGCAGCUGGAGUUGGAAAGACAACGUCGCGACGACAAUGAUUUAAAAAGGGAAAUUUCCAUGAAAACUGCCGUCAUCGAAGAGCUGAAGAUGGAAUUGAAGAACAAAACUUCCUCUCUCCAGGCGGACCUGGCGCAGGCGCACGCGGAGAAGGCGUCGCUGGACGAGGAGCUGGCCAGCGCGCGGCUCGCCAUCGAGCGCCACCAGCGGCAGGCCAAGCAUGAGACUAACCGACUCAAUUCUGAGAUCCAGUCCCUGCGUCAGCGCCUGGAUCGUGCCGACGCAGAUCUAGUACAUGCUCGUCGCGAGAACUUGCGUCUCACUGAACAGAUCGCUAAUUUGGAGACAGAGUUGAAGAUGAAGGACUUGACUCCAACAUCUCCGGUGAGGAACAAGAAAGAGAAGGAAAUAGAACACGCUAAAACCGUGGCCGAGCUGGAGACCAUGAUCCAAUCACAAAACAGUCUGAUGGAGAAACUCACGGGUGAAUGUCGCUUGCUCACUGACAAGCUCGACGACGCCAACCGUAGGCACAAGGAAGAACUGGCCUCUCUGCAUCGCCAAGUAGACAGCCUGGGCCGGACGAUACAGCAUGCUAACGCACCCAACACCUAUUAUGAAGCACCUUCCACGCACGCGGCCGCAGCCCACGGAAAUGUCGAGCCAGCCCCCCCUCCCGGACCCGACCAUACCCGAGGCCACCCCCCCGCUCACCCCGCGCUCCGACGACAGCCUUCAAACUCAAGCGUCGGAGACCGCCACAGUAACUCGCAAUCCCGACAACUCAGUCGACAACCUUCAAAAAGCUCUAUAAGAAUGGAAAACCAGCCCGAAGCUAUGCCACCAGUUAAUUCACAAAACGAACAAGAAUAUGUCAAAGAUAGUCCCGUUAAAGAGCAGUAUUAUGUUGAUGAAACGCCAGUGAAGGAAACGUACGAAAAUGCUAAGGUUGCUGAAAACAUAUCAGAGGUGGAGCAACAAAAUUACGAACAGCCUCAGCCAGAAUAUGCACAAGAACCAACAUACAGCGAAGAACCAAGCCAUUUUGAACAGCAACAGGGUGAAUAUAAUCAGGAGCAGACUUACCAGGACCCAACAUAUGCACAGGAACCAGCUAACUAUGACCAGUCUUACGCACAAGAAACUCCCACCUACCAAACUGAAGGAUAUGACCAAAAUUAUGAACAGCCUGCUUACACAGAAGGACAGUAUCCUGAGAAUUAUGAACAACAGUAUGCUGAUCCAAACGCACAAUAUGAAGGCCAGUAUGAAAAUUAUGCAACCGACCCUAAUCAGGCUUACCAAGGUGAUCCGAACUACGGUAAUCAAGCAUACGAUGCUAGCAAUCCAGAGUAUUCUCAGGUACAAGAUGCUCAGAAUACAGAGUUUGCACAGCAAAAUCAAAAUAUACCCGCGGAAACCAAAGAUUACGUGGAAAGCAAAGUUACAACUUCACCAAUCGCAAAAGUACCGACUCAAAGUUAGCUAGUUUAAGCAAAUAUAUUAAAAUAGCCAGAAGAAAAUUCUUCAGUAUUAAGUUAGUUCAAUUUACUUGAAGAAUGUAAGUAAGUAUAAUAAAUAUUUUAGAAAGAAUAUCAGAACGCCAUGCAAGGUAAAAUUAACUAAUCCCUACACAUAACAAACUUUCGUAUGUCGUCGGUGACCAUUUGGCAAAUAUGUUGCUAUGGUAGAAAAUUGGGAUAACAGGCUAAACAAUAUAAAAUUUCCUGUUAGAUUAUAGACAGAUCUCUAAUUAAAUGCU